UUAUUACGUUUUAUUAUGGAACUCCUCAUAUCUGUUUUUUAUAUGCAUAUCUUAUUACUUAUACUUACAGAUAUCCAUUAACUAAUUACACUUUUGGAACGAAAGAGCCUUUAUUUGAAAAAGAUCCAUCAGUACCCUCUCGGUUUCAGCGUAUGCGAGAAGAAUUCGAUCGUAUUGGAAUGCGGCGAUCUGUGGAAGGCGUUUUGCUAGUUCAUGAACAUGGAUUGCCACAUGUAUUACUCCUUCAGCUGGGUACAACAUUUUUUAAGCUACCCGGUGGUGAGCUCAAUGCAGGAGAAGACGAAGUAGAAGGUUUAAAAAGACUUCUGACUGAAACUUUAGGUCGUCAAGACGGAGUAAAACAAGACUGGAUUGUAGAGGACACAAUUGGAAAUUGGUGGCGCCCGAAUUUUGAGCCCCCUCAGUAUCCUUACAUUCCGCCACAUAUCACCAAACCAAAGGAGCAUAAGCGGCUGUUUUUGGUACAGUUACAUGAAAAGGCCCUCUUUGCCGUCCCUAAAAAUUACAAACUCGUAGCAGCACCCUUAUUUGAACUCUAUGACAACUCACAAGGUUAUGGCCCAAUAAUAUCAUCACUUCCACAGGCUUUAUGCAGGUUCAAUUUUAUUUACAUGUGAUGGAACGCCGGAUUUUUCGUAACAACUGAAUAGUUAAUCUUAAAUAAACCCAGAUUGAUCUUUAAACAUAUUGUAUGUUUUUAUUUAAUACAAUUCUAUUUAGACGACCUUAACCUGUGUUAAAUAAAUCGGAGUGUAUUCAUAA